AAAGACUUUAAUUUCUCUUUCUACUUUGAGUAAGGCCGGAGAACUCGUCCACAGGCUAGCUUAAUUGUAAAGUUAAUACCUUGAAGGAGGAAAGAGGAGUAAUGUUAAAAUCUUUGUGGAGUUGGUGGUACCAUCAGCAGGUGCUUUACUUUGUGCCUGCUGAGAAUCUAGAUCAGUUCAUUCAGAAUGAACUCCAGCCCCAAGAAAAGCAUCUGCUGCAGAUUGACAAGAGCAUUGACAACAUCUGUGAGUCCUUGGAGAAACAGGCACCUCCCAUUCAAGUGAAGGGUAUAGUUGUGGGUGGGUCCUAUGGCAGAGACACUGUUCUCAAAGGCCACUCCGAUGGCACCUUUGUCAUCUUCCUCAAAGAACAAAUUGAAGUGAAGCUGAUAAAGUUGAAGCUGUUGGCAAUAAUGGACAAGGUCAAGAUGGUAGAGGAUAAGCACCAGCUGGUACUGACCGAGUCUGACCUAUGCAUUACCUUUGACGUGCUUCCAGUCUUCAGUGCCUUGGUUGAACCAAGUGGCUGCCACACCCGUACAUCAGCCUCAAAGUAUAAACCAGGCCCAGAGACUUACCGGAGAUGGAUACAUCCAGGGAAAUCUGAUCGUGAAUCGUCAGUCUGCUUUACAGAACUACAAGGGAGUUUUUUCAACAAUCGCCCGCAAAAACUAAAGAACCUAAUACUCUUGGUGAAGCACUGGUAUCAGCAGUGCCAAAAGAGACUGAAAAAAUAUUCCUUUCCCCUACAAUAUGCUCUGGAGCUGCUAACAGUCUAUGCCUGGGAGCAGGGGAGUGAAGCAGAUGAUUUCAACACAGCUGAAGGCAUCCUAACAGUCCUGGAGCUGAUUAUGAAGUACAACAAACUUUGUAUAUACUGGACAGUCAAUUACAACUUUGAGGAUGAAACCAUCAGGAAUUACUUGCAGUCCCAGCUCCGAAAAGACAGGCCAAUCAUCCUAGAUCCAGCAGACCCAACUAGUAAUGUUAGUGGAACUGAUCUGGAGCCCUGGGAACAGCUGGCUGAAGAAGCAAAAAUCUGGUCAUCUUCCAACUGUUUUAUGAAGAAUACUUCAUCUUGGAUGCCCUGGGAUGUUCUGCCAGCAUCUCUUUAUGUAACUCGAGGCCAUAAGCUUGAUAAGUUCAUCAAUGAUUUUCUCCAACCUACACAAAAAUCCCUGGAUCAGAUUGGAGAAGCUGUGGACAUCAUCUUUAAGUUCCUGACAGAAAAAUGCUUCAAAAAUUCAACCACGAAUGUUGGGAAAGCUGUGAAGGGUGGAUCCACUGCCAAAGGCACAACCCUGAGAAGUACCUCUGAGGCUGACUGGAGGCUGUGCCCAAGAGGCUCUGAUGCAGACUUAGUUGUUUUCCUCAACUGCUUCACAAACUACAGUGAUCAAAUUGCCAACAGGUCCGCUAUCAUCAAGGAAAUUCAGAAGCAACUAGAAGAGUAUCAGCUGAAGGAGCAGUUUGAAAUAGAGUUUAAGGUCACAAAAUGGAAGAACCCACGAGUGCUCAGCUUUACCUUGAAAUCCAAACUUCUUAACCGGUGCCAAGAAUUUGAUUUGCUGCCAGCCUUCGAUGCCUUGGGUCCACGAGUUUCAAAAUCAAAACCAGACCCUACGAUUUAUAUCAAUCUCAUCAAAUCAUCCGAAAGCAACAAUGGGGGGGAAUUCUCCACCUGUUUCACAGAACUGCAAAGAGACUUCAUCAGACCUCGUCCCACCAAGCUUAAGAAUCUUAUCCGCCUGAUGAAGCACUGGUACAAACAGUGUCAAAGGAAAUUGAAGAAGAAAGGGUCCCUCCCUCCGAAGUAUGCCAUAGAACUUCUGACAGUCUAUGCCUGGGAGCAAGGUAGUGGAAUGACAGAUUUUGACACAGCUGAAGGCUUCCUGACAGUCCUGAAAUUAAUCAUGCAGUACCAAAAGCUCUGUGUCUACUGGAUAGUCAACUAUGAUUUUCAGAAUGAAAUCAUCAGGAAUUUCCUAUUGAAACAGCUCAAGAAACCCAGGCCUGUGAUCCUGGAUCCAGCUGACCCCACAGCAGAUGUUGGUGGAGGAAACCAUUGGUGCUGGCACCUCUUGGCCCACGAAGCUGAAAUCUGGUCAUCUUCUCUGUGCUUCAAGACUGGGAUCUAUGAUGCUAUAGAACCCUGGCCAGUACUGGAUGUGUUCUGUGAAGUUUGGAUUCAGUCAAAGGGCCGAACUUGACCCAGAGGACCACACACGGCCUCGAGGCCUCAGCCUUGAAGGUGAUCCUGAGGCUAGAGGUUGUGGAGGCCUUAGCUGCUUGCUCCCUAAAGAGUAAGCCCAGGAAGAGACAGCACAUACCCACCUUCGGCAAACUUCAGGAGGACCCUUCCAGGCAAGAAAGGACACCAAGGGUGUCACAGUUCUGAAAUGCCUUGGCCAUAUGAGCGCCUUGCUACCAUUGUACUUUAAGAUUGUGCCCACUCUCCCCAUCCUUUCCCUGACUCCAAGUAUAUUUGUGGAAGUGUUUACGGAGGCAAAGCUGUAACUACUGUUUUUUGCUGUGGUGUUUGAGUUAAUGCCUUUGCUAAGAGCUGGGUCUAAUGGCUGAUUGUUAAUGGAAAUUAUGCCAAUUCGGUGUUAUGAGCAACAGUAUUGAAAAGAUAGCCACCCACAGUGUUGCUCCUAGAACUCAAGGUAGCAGCCCUUCUGGGGAUCCAACCUGCAGGUGUAAAGUUGAGUGAGCUGGGGGGUGGGUGAGUGGUGCAAUGGUAAUGAGACACACAUGUAUGGAACACAUGUGGCCAAGGCAGCUCAUACCUCCAGCAUCGCAGGCCCUUCAGAAAAUGAGGAAGUGUGUAUAUACCAACUUUAUACUUAGUUUAGCUCCUCAUUAACUGCCUCAUUUUCUGUGAUUACAUCCUGGGGUGGGGGUUUGCUCAAGUUAUCUAUUCUCCUCCCCACCCCACCCAAUCACCAACCAAAUAAACUACAUAUGUUCAUUCAGUGAAGGCAAAGCUGGCCACUAGCCUUAUCCUGGCCUUGGAAAUUAUGUGCUCUACCCAAUAGCAGAGAGCCCUUAGGAAAAACACCAUUCUUUCUGUGGUUUUCCGAGAGCUAGAAGUGUGUUGUUAGAGUGAGGAUCUGGGUUCAAAUCCUACCUCUGCUACCUCUCCUGUGACCUUGAGGAAGUCUCUUCUCCUAUCUACUCAUCAGUUUCCUCAUUUGUAAAAUGAGAGCUUUUGGACUAGAUCAGUAUCCUUUAAAGUGAAAUACUCACACCUCAGGGAGUGACCAAGAUAAUAUAGCACAGUAAAGCAAAAAUAUGAAAACUUUUAUAUAUAAUUAUUUUUCAUCAAGAAAGUAAAAAGUAAGCUUUAGUAUGUUUUAAUAUGCUGAUUGACACUUGUUUCAUGUGCCAGACACUGCCCUGUCACAUAUGGUACAUAAGGGGAAAGAAGCGAGUGCUCUAUGAGGCAGAGGGCUUGACAAUGAGUGAUGUCUAUACGCUUUCAUUCACUUUUGGUGUAUUUCAACAUGUUAUAGCUUUAUUGUGUCU